CGCGCUGGGGCCGCGCUGCGCGGAGGCUGGCGGCAGCAUGGCCCGCCUGCUGGGCACCCUGCGCUGCUCCCAGCCCGUGGCGCGCUUCCAGCGCUCCUGCGGGCUCUUCCUCGCCGGCGACGAGGGCGGCGGCGACCCCGCGGAGGGGCCCCGGGACCGCGGCGCCUGCAAUGGAGCGGGCGCGCUGCGCUGCCCGGCCGGCGCCGGCCGCGCUCCCCCCGGCGGGGUGCGGAGCGGCCGCGGCCCGCAGAGUUGCACACAGAAGUAUAUUGUGAAGAACUACUUCUACUACUACUUGUUCAAGUUCUCAGCUGCCUUGGGUGAAGAGAUUUUUUAUAUCACUUUCCUUCCAUUUACCUACUGGAAUAUAGAUCACUCUGUGUCUAGAAGAAUGAUCAUUGUUUGGUCUAUAGUGAUGUACAUAGGCCAGGUCUCCAAGGACAUCCUGAAGUGGCCUCGGCCCCUGUCACCACCUGUCGUGAAGCUGGAGAUGAGGACGAAUGCAGAGUAUGGGAUGCCGUCCACCCACGCCAUGGCAGCUACAGCCAUCUCCUUCUCCUUUUUCAUUGCAACCACAAACCAGUACAAGUAUCCAUUCGAGCUUGGCCUAGUAGCAGCGUUUGUGUUUUCAACGUUGGUGUGUCUGAGCAGGCUCUACACAGGGAUGCACACAGUCCUGGAUGUGAUCGGUGGAGCACUGAUUUCGGCUGUGCUGCUCAUGCUCUUGUAUCCUGCAUGGGACACGAUAGAUCACUUGCUCUUAACCAGCCCCUUCUGCCCACUGUUUUCCAUAGUUGUGCCUCUUGUCUUAUGUUACAACUACCCCAAACUAGACUAUUACAGCCCUACCAGGGGAGACACCACUACUAUCUUAGGAGCAGCAGCUGGAGCAACUGUGGGAUUUUGGUUAAACAACCAGUAUGCUGCUCCAGCCUGCACCAGCAAAAGUUUUCAGCCUGGAUUUCCUCUGGUCACCAGUACCAUGGUGCUCGUGCUAGCCAGGUUCUUCGUAGGGAUCUUGGUUGUCCUGCUGACACGCUGGGUCAUGAAGAGCGUGGUCCUUGGCUUGCUGGGCUAUCGGUACAAGUUCCCCAUCCAUGACCUGGAAGCCCAGAGACGCCUGGAAGUGGAAGUGCCCUAUAAGUUUGUGACGUACUCCACCGUUGGCUUCACAGCCACCGUGAUUGUGCCGCUGCUGCAUGAGCUGCUGGGACUGAUGUGAGCACAGCUCCUCCUCACCGAGCCACCUGCGGCACCCGUGCUUCGGGGACACAAUAACUCAGUCCAGGCUGGUGACUUGACCGAAAAGUGUUUUGUGCCUUUCUGCACUGGUGUGGUGGGUUUGGCUCUGGCUGGAUGCCGGGUGCUCACCAAAGCUGCUCUAUCACUCCCCUCUCUCCAGGGAGAGAAAGUAUAAUGAGAGGAUCAUGGCUCGAGACAAGGGCAGGGGGAGAUCACUCAGCAGUUUUACUGUCACAGGCAAAACAGACUCGACUUGGGGAAAUGUUUAAUUUAUUACCAAAUUAAUCAGAGUAGGAUAAUAAGAAAUAAAACCAAACAUUAAAACUACCUUCCACCUACCCCUCCCUUCUUUCUAGGCCCAAUUUCCCUCCUGAAUUCUCUACCUCCUCCCACCCACCAUCACAGGGGGAUGGGAAUGGAGGUUACAGUCAGUUCAUCAUUGCUUCUGCUGCUCCUUCCUCCUCAGGAAUAGGACUCCUCACACUCCUCCCCUGCUCCAGCGUGGGAUCCCUCCCAGACAAGACAGCUCUCCAAAAACAUCUCCAAAGUGAAUUUUUCCCAUGGGCUACAGUUCUUCAUCCAGCAUGUGUCCCCUGAGGGGUCACAAGUCCCACCCAGGAGCCUGUUCUAGUGUGGACUUCCCACACCCUUCUUAUGGCAUUACCCUGCUCCAGUGUGGGGUCCUCCACUGAUUGCAGGUGGAUCUCCAUUCCCCAUGGACCUCCAUGGGCUGCAGGGGCACAGCUACCUCUCCAUGGGCUGCACCAUGGGCUGCACCAUGGGCUGCAGGGGAGUCUCUGCUCUGGCACCCAGAGCACCUCUUCCUCUUACUUCUGUGGUCUUGGUGUCUGCAGAGUUGUUUCCCUCCCGUAUCUUCACUCCUCUCUCUGCCUGCAGCUGAGCAGGUUUUUCCUCCCAUCUUAACUGUUAUCCCAGAGGUGCUGCUACUGUCACAGAUGGGCUCAGUGGAUCUGUCUGGGAGCUGGCUGGCAUUGGUUCUGUUGGACACAUUGGUUCUGGCACCUUCUGAGGGAAGCAAUGCUUGUAGCUCCCCCCCGCCACUACCAUGCCCUUGCCACACAAACCCAAAAUAACUGACCUGAAAUAUCUGACCUGGAAGAGUCCUGGGAAGGCCUGUGCACAGAUAACUUUGAGUUAGAAAUCACCAACCCCACUGUGUCCCAUAACUAGACACGCUUCCCCCAGGCAACUGAAAAUGACAAGCACACAGCCAAAAUGCCUGCCAGAGCAGCAGCAAUGGCUGGUUUCCUGUGGAGUUGGGGUUGCUGGGGAGCAGGCCUGUACCUGCUCAGCUGAGGGCUGCUCCUGAAGCAGCAGAGCAAGCUAAGGAAAGGCUCAGGUUUGGGGCAUCGGGGAAAAAGCAGCUGGUGGGGUGGGGAGAGAGGUGUCCAGCCAAGAGCAAAGUGCCAUCGUUGGGCAGAGCUCAUAGUGUCUUCUGAUGGCACUGCCAGACCAGGCUAGUUCUGUGGGGAUGGUUUUACUCAUUAUUACAAUUAAAAAAAAAAAAAAAAAAAAAAACAAAAACCAAAAACCACAAAAUGUAAAAGAGAAGGAAAAUCUAACAUAAAAUGUUUAAUGUGCUUUGCAACAAAGUUACCUUGGAUAUUAAUAAGAAAGCCUCCACUAAAGGAUACUUUGCCUACAAACAACUGAGCAGAGUUAUUACCACAGCAUUCCGGCUUGAACUCAGACUGUUUAACUCUGAUUUAGUUUUCCUGGCUAGGGCAAAGGAAAAAGUCCUUCCUGUCGUGCAGAGGUGACAAGUAGCGUCCAUAAACUGCGUUGUGGAAGGAGCUGAGUAGUGACUCUGGUGACUACAGCGCAUGGCAAUGAUAAGAUGCCAUCAUUUUCUGCUGCUGCACAGCAUUACAGUUGGUCUUCCAUGCAUCCUGCAACACUUGUAGAAUAGCAGGGCGGCAUGUCCAUAGGAAGGUCAUCCCUAUAACUCAGGCCGCUUAUUUAAAACAGAAUAUAUCAGCUGUUGGACCAAUGAGCUGUUGAGAAAUACAGCAUUGAACGUGGUCUUCUUGGCUAGGAAAAUGUACCGUGCUAUUGCUGCAGAGCUUCAAGUAUGGCCCCCGUGCCUUGCCUGGCAGAAUGUACAGUGAGAGCCAGCUUUUUAACCAUGUCCACUUGCCUUCCUGGCUGCGAGAAAAAUGAACCUGAAGAAUGUAAAGGAGGUGCUUUGCCAUCCAUUGACUGCUUGGAUAAACAUAAUCAAUUCCAAAACUGUGGCUGGGAGUUCUGUCUGAGGAGUGCAAGGUGUGCACGUGAAAGAGCUGCACCACUUUAAACCCAGGCUAUCAAUCUCCAGAAGAAAUGCAGGCAGAAAUUUUAACCAGUUUUAGAUUUGCUCAGGCUGUGGAUAAAAUGUUUCAUAACAGGUUGUGUGGACUUUACACAUGCAUGCAAACAGCUCCAGCGAGCCUUUCAGCAGGGCACAUGCCCGCUCACACCUGCCCCUAGGUGAGUGCUGAAUGUGAGCCACCAUAGCCGUGGGGUUCCAUCCUCAGCCUCUCUCCCUCCUGUCACAGAAGCGCUGCCAUCAGGUUUAAAACACCUUUAAACCCCUUGUGCUAAGAGUGCUGCAUGACACACAGGUGCAGUGCACAACCAGAGCCCUGAGGAGGGGCCAUAUCACAAAAUUGAGAAAAAAACUUAGCAGCAAGCUGAGUGUUUAAGCUGGGGAUUGGAAUUACUCCUGAGAAAGGCACAGUUUGACAGGGAAAUUCAUGCAGCUUUAUGUGUAAAAUUUCUGUUCUGAUUCACAGCUAUUUUGUGCUAUGAAGAUUUUAUAAAAUAUAUAUAAAUGCUGCACAGGUAUUUUUAUAGUAUUCACUUGCAUGUGAUUCAUGCAAAAAAUGCAAAUUCUAUUUCGUUCAAAUUUUAAAAUAAACCUAUUUUGCAGA